AUGGAGGCUGGAGUGAAGGUGUACCGACGCUGUGGAUACUGUCAUGGCGGACACCCUGGAGUUCAGUUCUUGUUUCGCUGGCUCCCUCUCACUACCACUCACUACCCACACAUCUUUGUUAAGGGCAGUGAGGACUUCUUGGGACACAAGUUCCGGGUGGUGGUGCGUCGUUAUUUCCCAACUAUUGACUUCGAUCGUGUGGGUCUUGGGGAGGACACACUGGCAAAACCCAGGGAUUCCCUCAACACUAGGAUGCUUCAAAACAUCGCUACCCAUCUCAACUUCACGUACGAGCUACACGAGGCGUGGGACGGGGAUUGGGGAACUGAGGAUAGUACGGGUAACUGGACAGGUCUGGUGGGGACACUGCAGCAUGAACGUGCUGACUUCUCCACCACCAUAACCCCCACCGACUCCAGGCUCCGGGUCAUGGACCACUCCAGAAUCUAUGCCUUGGACCCAUUUGUCAUUGUUUCGGCCAAGUCCCAACCCUUGGCCUAUUCCCUUGUACCUGUCAAACCAUUCACAAGAGAAGCGUGGGUGGUGGUGGCGGGAAGCUGUGUAGUUGCCGGGGUGGUGCUGUGGCUGCUGCAGAUGGCAUGGACGAAUUUGACAGAUGGUCAGCCUGCAAAGUUCAGUACUGUUGCUUUAUACACCUCAGGUGUGCUGCUGGACAACCCACCCUACGCCCCUCCUAGACACUUCAGUGCCAGGGUUCGGUCACAGUUCCAUCCACACCAGCGCUCGAAGCUAUCCCAAGUCUGGUGGCACCUCCUGGGGGUUCAGCUGCUACAGACUGAGGCGACGUUGGUGGUGCUGGGUUUGCACCACCUCAGUGGCGGCUUCCUGCUGCUGGUAUUAGGUCUCAGCCUCGCCACCACUAUACAACUGGGGGAGUUGAUCCUGGCCCGUUUCACCACUCCACACAUAGAUGGAUUCUACCAGUACUCGACAACGGUGGUGGCUUGUAAACCUGCAAAACAAGAGAUUAUAGUAAAUGGCAAGAAGAAGAAAAUUGACUGCUAUGAAACAACAUUUGAAGACACUGUCAUGUUUCCUGAGGGUGGAGGUCAGCCAGAUGACAGAGGAUCAGUGGAUGGAAUUUCCGUAUUGCGUGUUUUGCGAAGAGGCGGAGAAGCUGUACACUACUUGGAGAAACCUCUUGAAGUAGGGGCAGUUGUAACUCAGCAAAUUGACUGGAAACGCAGACAUGACCACAUGCAGCAACAUUCAGCCCAACAUCUUAUCACAGCUGUAGCAGACACCAUGUAUGGUUAUGCCACAAGAUCCUGGUAUUUAGGCGAGUCUGUUUCUUACAUCGAGCUGGACACUGAGAAGAUUCCCAAAGAAGAAGUGGAAUUACUUGAAGAAGCUGUCAACCAGAGAAUUCGAGAUGCUACUCCAGUUCAUAUAGUAGAAUACGAUGCAUUAGAUCCUAAAUUAAAAGAGAUCCGCACCCGAGGCCUACCUGAAGACAUCGUAGGUCCAGUGCGUGUUGUAACCAUUGAGAAUGUAGAUACCAACAUGUGCUGUGGCACACACGUACAUAACCUGGCAGACUUGCAAGCCAUCAAGCUGCUUUACACAGAGAAGGGAAAAUCUAACAAGACACUACUGUAUUUUGUGGCAGGUGCAAGAGUUCUCAGGUAUUUUGGAGAAUGCAUUACUAGAGAGACUCAAUUGACUGCUCUCUUACACUCCUGCCCAUCUGAUCAUCAGCGCCUAGUGGAGAAAAAUCAAAAGGACCUCAAAAGUGCUUUGAAGUCUCUGAAAGAAGCCAUGAAAGACUUGGCUGUUUCUGAGGGACAAAAAUUUCUUACUCAAAACCCUAGACCUGAGGUGUACUUCCAUCAUCGUCGGGAUGGAGAUAUGGACUAUCUCAGUGCUAUAAUUAAUGAGAUCAAUGAUGAGAGUGUGCCGAAAGUGUUGACACUUGGGGAAGACAAAGGUCCUGGAUCACUGGUAGUACACGGACCACCUGAUUUUGUUGCUGAAGUGGGGCCAAGGUUGUGUGAGAUUUUAGAAGGGCGAGGUGGAGGAAAGUCUCGCUUCACCGGGAAGGUAACAAAACUUAGCAAACGAGGGGAAGCUGAAAGUUUUGUUCGCAGUCUCUUGCAAAACCAAAAAAAAUGACAUGGUUAUUAUGCUUGUAAACUUGCAUAUGUUAAAUGGAAAUAAAAUAAAUAUUCAAGAGCAGUUUGAGUAUUUAUUU